AUGCCACUUCAUAUAGCUGCGGAACAUCACCCAGAAAUGGGGUCAGCUGUUAUCGUUGCCGGUAUUAAUCUCAAUGUAAGAUGUGGGGGUAGUGGUCGGACUGCAUUGCAUAUUGCCUUGCUUUACAAUGAUCGGUUGGACCUCGCACGGGAGAUUAUUAACGCAGGGUGCAAGCUUAAUAUCCGCGAUGAUGUCGGCUGCGCCGAGCUGCACAAGGCUUUACUGAUCCAACGCCGUGACCGUUGGAAGCUGUCCGUGACUUCACGUAUUACUCGCGACCGUCAGACACACAGGUCUAUCGUGCCAGUCGACGCUGUACUUUCAGCUGAAAGUCUAAGUCUUGUCUCUCUUCUGCUUGAAAGGGGCGCUGACGUUAAUAUACAAGGUGAGCGCGGCACACGUUUCAGGGGUAUAGGUAAUAUGGAAACGCCCUUGAUCUAUGCGGUUCGAUUUCGGAAUCCCGAUCUCACUAAAUUGCUUCUCGCUCAUCAGCCAGAUCUGAGUAUCCGGGAUUUCUGUGGUCAAACACCCCUUGAGAUUGCUGAGAGUCAGGGUUUCAACGAGGUUGCUGAUAAGUUGAGAUAG